AUGAAACAGCGGAUCGAAGAGAUCGCUGGCAUCACCGUUGGAUACCACACAACCCUCUGCGAGUUGAAUAUCGACACCGCUCAGCUUGGCUAUCCUGAGGGAUUUGCCUGUACAGCCCAGGUUCAACAGCUGCGGAAUGGGACCAUUGAAAAAGAAAUCAUCAGGGCCAAGUACGUGAUUGGGGCCGAUGGUGGAAAAUCAAUGACGCGUAAAGUACUCGACAUUGGCAUGGAUGGGGUGCAAGGCACGUCAAUAUGGGGAGUCAUGGACUUUGCAGGGAGCUCGGACUUUCCAGAGUAG